UGUUGGUUGUUCGUUGUCGCUGCGUGUCUCCUCCAACUACCUCUAAAACAUAAUGGCCAGUGCUGUGCCUAUCGGGGCGGUUGCUAAAGAGAACGGGGAUGUGGUGCUCCCCGCCACGCAGCGUCCAGAUGGUACCUGGCGCAAGGAACGGCGAAUAAAGAAGGGCUACAUCCCGCAGGACGAGGUAGCCAAGUUCGAGACGCGAGGGACACAGAACCAGAAGUACCUGAAAAAUCGGCUUCCUCCGGGAAUGGCUCCAGAGCCCGCUUCCGAACCCAACAAGCCUCUCACGGCAGCGCAAAAGAAAAAUCAGGCCCGGGCCGCUGCACGCAAGGCGAAAAAGGCGGCGGGAAGGGCCGCGUGUGUCGGCGACGACGACAACGACGACCAAGAUAUUGUCGAAACCGCCGCUAAGGCACUGGGCGGGCUGAAGGUUUGUGCGGGAGGCGGUGGUGCUUCCGGAGAACAAACAGCGUCGGAGCCAGUGGACUCAGCGAGAAAGAUAAAGGCGCUCAACAAGAAGAUUAGACUGGUUGAGGAGUUGGAGGCGAAGGUGGCGUCGGGGGAGGUGGUUCCUACCGAGGAGCAGCGACAGAAGCUAGCGAGGAAGCCAGCCCUGGUAUCCGAGCUGGCGGAGCUCCAAGCAUAGAGGUGGGAACCGGGAGGGCUAGCCGGUACAAGACUCAAAGGAGACCGGCCUGCGCGCGCGUGGUCCGCGGAGCGGUUGAAAGUUCGGCUGUUGUCGCCAGGGGAUAAGCUUCUUCGCCUUUUGAAAGUGCCUGGAACAUGUUCAACAAGCACAAACGACUAAAUAGUUCUUUCCCUGUCCCAUUGGUGCUCGGUGCUGGACUGGGCUGUGUGCAGGCCCUCGUGUGUAAUUUCUCGUACAAGCGGAUGCGUACCUAUGUAGGCCCAGGGUGCAUGUGGAUCCCUGUUAGGUUAUGGCAUGUCGUGGUUGUCACCGUGGGGUUCCUCGAAGACUGAACUGACGCCCCAUUGGCAGAACAAGAUGAGUUCUACUGAGGGGUCGGCGUUAUUGGUGAACAAUACACUAGAAAUCUUGAGGGCACAUUCGCGAAAGAGUUCGUUCGAAGAGCUGGGUAACAAUAAAAAUGUUCACAAUUCUCUUUCGGUUUGAUGGAGACUGCAUGCUGUUCCCGCUCUUUGGAGGAACAGGCAAGGGCAUGUGGGAUAGGUGCACGGUAUCUAGUGUGCAUGUAUACUGGGUUGUUGGUGUACAUCUUGAUCUGUCUUGUAUCGAAAGCUGCCGUGACCGCGAGCUGAGGCUCUUUGCUUUCAGCGACAUUUUGGGUACCGGUAAACUACAAGACGUUGUGGCAGUCCAUUUUGUUCUUGCAGCUUGGGGGCUCCAUGAACUUGGGGGUUCUGUCGGAAGUUGUGACUGCUCCAACCGCUUCUUUGCGAAGGACUUCGAUUUGUCGGGUCUUUUGAGCUACGGUUGAUUUCCGAGAGUGCGUGGCAAGGCGGCAGGUUUGCGCGUCCCAAUUGGACGUUCCGUACGAAACUGCCCUGGACGAAAAUUCGGCCAUCCCGCACUUUUGUGGGGGUACGUAAUCGUUGUUGGACCAAGACAAGGCACAUCCGUAGAUAGGCGCGGUUCUUAAAACGAACCAGCUUCGGACCUGAUUUGACUCCCUUCCGGAUCUACUGCUUUUGCAUCAACAUCGGACAGCCGAAAUGCGCCCGG